AUGGCUCCCCGUGAAGCGUCUGACGGCAACGCGCACAAGAACGAAAUGACCUCAGACGCAACGACGCGAGCAGACGAAGACAAUGACAUGGUCCAUGCUCGGGCAGAUAUUGAGAUAUUAGACAAACAAUCGAAGGCCCGAAGUGAGAUCACCACGACCAUCGAACGGACCCCAACAAAUGACCGACCAUAUUCAUCAUUCACACCUCGACAAAAGGCCAUCAUUGUCCUGGUUGCCACACUCGGAGGGAGCUUCAGCCCGUUCAGCACUUUCAUCUACUUCCCUGCCAUUGACACCAUCAGCCAUGCCCUGGGUGUGACCGUCUCUGAUGUCAAUUUGACCAUUACUACGUACAUGAUCUUCCAAGGCAUCUCGCCGUCCCUUACCUCGGCCAUUGCGGACGACUAUGGCCGCCGACCAGCAUACAUGAUGGGGUUUACCGUUUACCUAGCUGCCAACCUUGGCCUAGCGCUCAACAAAUCCUACGCUGGCCUCCUGGUACUGAGAUGCCUUCAAAGUGCUGGAAGUUCUGGGCUAGUGACCCUGAUGCAAGGCACCAUCGCAGACAUUGUCACCAGCGCCGAAAGAGGCAAGUAUAUUGCUAUUACCAGCCUCGCGGGCAUCUUAGCGCCGAGUUUGGCGCCUAUUAUAGGCGGUGUCCUGGCCCAGAAUUUGGGAUGGCAUUCGGUAUUCUGGUUCUUGCUGAUCCUAGGUGGGGUGUAUUUCGUGCCAUUGGCGCUCUUCUUUCCCGAGACCUGCAGAUCGGUAGUUGGAGAUGGCUCGAUCGAACCGCCGAAGUGGAACAGAUGCCUAACGAAUUUGUCGAAACAGCAGAAGAAGAAAACAGGCCAAGAAGAUACGUUUGAGCAAGACGCCACUCCAAAAGACGAGACAGAGAAGGAGAAGGCUAAUAUCCGAAAGCGCAAAUGGGACGUCCUUGCCUCCCUAACCAUUGUCAGUGAUCCAGAGACGGCAAUCUUGCUCUUGUACACGAGUAUCAUAUACGCAGGCUUCUACGUCAUCUCCACCAGUCUCACGGUACAAUUCCACAGUAUCUACGGCCUGAGCAGUACGCUGCAAGGAUUGCUCUUCAUCCCUCAGGUUGUAGGGACCGUCUUAGCAACGGUAACUAAUACGAGGCUUCUCGAUAGAAAUUUCAAGAGACAUGCACUCAAAGCUGGAUUGGAAGUUGACCGCAGGAAACAAGGCGAUUUGACCAAGAUGCCGAUCGAGCGAGCCAGAUUGGGGAUCGGAAUGCCCUUCUUCGCCUUCGGGGGCAUUUUCACCAUCGUCUAUGGAUGGCUUUUGGAACGGCGAGUCAGCAUAGCAGGGCCAAUCAUCAUGCUUGGUGCGAUAGGGUACACCACGAUGGUCGGGUUUAACACCCUCAGCGUCCUGAUCAUUGACCUGCACCGGAAAAGGGCCGCGACGGCCAGCGCAGCAUCGAAUCUUGUCCGGUGCCUCUUGGGUGCGGGCGCCAGCGCAGUGGCGAAUCCAAUGAUUGAGGCGAUGGGAAACGGCUGGACUCUCACGCUGGUUGGGUUGGUCGAGUUGGCUACACUGCCGCUGUUGGUGGUGAUGAUCAAAGUCGGGAUGAAAUGGAGGGCGAAGAAGCGGGAAGAGGAAGAGAGAAAGAUAAGGAGAAAUGAAGAAAAAGAAAGGCAGCAAGAGGUAUGA